AUGUUUUCAUCGUUGAUACUUCGUCGUUUGACGCCCCUGUCACAACCAAAGUUCUAUUUAUUUUCAACGUCAACCAUACUUGGAAAGCCCAAGAAUGCCGGUGGUGGUGGUCAAACUAAAGCAGCCAAACGGGUUCUAUCCGAUGCCGACCUCGUAUCGUCGUCCGGCGAUUGGUCCGCAUUAAAAAGUCAAUAUGACAAAUUGUUAGUUGAACUACGUGAACUUUAUUCGAAGCAGAUUCAAUUACGAACGUCAUCAUUGGCUUUCGAAGAAUUGUCUGUAACUCUUCCACCGAAUAAGAAAAGUCAUCAAUUGAAAGAAUUAACACAGAUCGUUCAAAAGUCACCACAAAUGUUCAUGAUUGACAUGACACGCCAUGCUCAGUAUAUUCCGAACGUUCUCGAAGCGAUUCAAAAAUCCGGUCUCAAUGUAAAUCCUCAACAAGAUGGAACAACACUCUAUCUACCUACACCGAAAGUCACUCGAGAACAUCGGGAAGAAUUAGCCAAGAAUGCGAAGAAAUUAGCCGAUCAAAUCAUUGUUAAAAUGCGCGAAGCAUAUUCAAAAGCACAUCGAAAUAUAAGAAUUUGA